UGAGCGGCAUAGUUCAAUUUCAAACUGCAACAAAUCAAAAAGCGUUGAACAAGCGCAACAAAAAAUAAAACUAAAACUAAACGUUCACUAAGAACAAAGUAAAAAACUUUUUCAUAAAUUUUCUUGUGAGAAUUGAAUAAACUGAAUAAAAAAGUAAUAAAAAUGUCGUCUCUACCAUUGAUCUUGAGUUUGGCUGAUGACUUGAGCCGUUUGACACCAUUCUACGAACCGGUGUUCUACACACGUUGGCCCGCAAUCACUACUUCACCCAGCGGCCGUUUACGUAAAUUGGAGAAGGAUUUACCACUAGCCACUGUGGGAAAGGAUGGUUUCCAGGCCAGUAUGGAUGUGCAGCAGUUCAAGCCCAGUGAGUUGACUGUGAAAGUGGUCGAUGAUCACAUCGUGGUCGAGGGCAAGCAUGAGGAGCGUGAAGAUGAUCAUGGUUACAUCGCACGACACUUUGUGAGACGUUACGCUUUGCCAAAGGGUUUCGAAGCUGAUAAAGUGGUUUCCACAUUGUCUUCGGAUGGUGUCUUAACAGUUAGUGUACCAAAACCGGCUAUCGAAGACAAGUCCAACGAGCGUGUCAUCCAAAUUCAACAAACUGGACCAGCGCAUUUGAAUGUGAAGGAAAAUCCUGAGGAGACUAGCAAAGAAGAACAAGCUAAAGCGUGAAUUUUAUAUAAUUUAAUUCAUUUAUAAGCAUUUGUAAAAAGUAUUCAUUCGUUUCAUUUCUAAAUUAUUUUAUUUUGAGGAGAAAAUAGUCUGUUUGUCAUUUAAGUUUUAAAUUAAUUUCAAAACUUAAUUACAAAUAAAAUAACUGUUAUUAAUUAAAAGAA